UGAGAUAUUCAUAUUAAUUUCUAUACGCAUAUACUUUUUCUAAAUACUUCAAACACAUGGUUGUACACACAGUUUGUUGACAUUGACCCUCCAUUAAAGUUGGAAAAAUGAGGCUGAUGCUCAACUUUUUGGACGCAUUGCGCAAAGUCCGACUCAAGCUGUCGAUGGACACGUUUGGGAAUAACAACACCUCCAUACACAACCUGCCAUCUGGCAAAUCCGUUUCGAAGUCAUCGUCCAACGCGGGAAUUACAAUCGGUGAUGAGACCGUGAGAGGGCGAGGUUGCUACUCAGGUACGCCAAGCGAAUGGGGCUGGACCCAGAGAUCUCAGUUGGAACUCGAUGGAAGAGUACCAGAGGAGAAAGAGUUGAUGUGGUACAACAUUAAACGGGUCUUGCUCCUGUGCGGAGGUCAAAAGUUGCCGGGUAUCGAGGAACAAAUAAGGGUGAAGGAGGCCAGUCGGCUGGUGGAUGUCCUGGAGGCCCAACGUUUCGUUAGCCAGGCUUUUGCCGCCAUGGAUGUCCCGAAACAGGCGGCCAGCGAAAUGGCCGAUGUCCUGAUUGCCGCCGAUUACAUGGGCCAUCGCUCCAUGGGCAUCCACCGAUUGCCGGCCAUAGCCGCUGAUCUGUUGAAUGGCACAGUCGUGGGCACGGCCACGCCCACCAUUAUAUCCGAAUUGGAGGCCAUAGGUCUGGUGGAUGGCCACAAUGCCCCUGGCCCCGUGGUGGCAAAUUUUUGCAUGGACCUGGCCAUACAAAAGGCAAGAGAGGUGGGAAUCGGCUGGGUCUCGGCCUGCCAUUCAAACUGCAUUGGAAUGGCAUCCUGGUAUGCCUGUCAGGCUUUGGAACAACGUAUGAUUGGCUUGUGCAUGACGAAUGGUGCCCCAACUCUGGUGCCCUGUGGCGGAGUUGAGCCAAUUCUGGGCGAGAAUCCCAUAGCCUGUGCUGCUUCGGGUGCCCAUGAACAGUUUUUGGCAGACUUUGGAAUGGCCGCCUGUUCGGUGGAGCAACUGGAGCUGUCGUACUGCAAUGGCUGGUCCAAACAGGUGCCCAAGCUAGUGGCCCUGGACAGCGAAGGCCAGGAGACAAUAUCCACAGCAGAGGCUCUGAAGGCCCAGAGAAUUCGAGCCUUUCAACCGGAACACAAGGGCUUCGGCCUGGCUGCCAUGGUGGAUAUCUUGUGCGGAGUUAUGACAGGGGCACGGUAUGCCAACCUAAUUCAGAGGCGUGGAGUUUUCAGUGCCGCCAACGCUCCGGCCGACUUGGGCCAAGUUUACAUAGCCAUCGACCCGAUGCGGUUUUGUUCGUCAUUCGAGGAUCGACUGGGGGACUUUCACCGCCUCUUGCGAAAAGUGGUUCCCAAUAAGGCGGGGAAUCAAGCUCUCGUCCCGGGGGACAAGGAGAUGCAACACAUGAAGAUGGUAGAUGACCAGGGCGGCUUUACAAUGACGCCUUGCACCUUGAGUGUCCUUGGAGAGUUGGCCGAAAAGUUUCAGAUUGCACCCUUGAAGAUGAAGGGAAUUUCUCAGCUGCCAUCGUUUGCCUCAAAAAAAGCAAAUAAUCACGAAGAAUUACAUAUGGUUUGAAUCAUUUAAUACGCAUAGUUAAGUAUAAAUUAUUUAACUUGAAUUAAAAAAAUAAAAAUAGUUUUAUUUCAACAAUUUAUGUUAAAAAAACAAAACAAAAAAGUGAAAUAACAAUGUAAAAAAUAAAAAAAAAGAAAAA